UUAAUCAAAUACCUGAAUGCAGAAUACCGACGAGGUCCUUUAGCUUGUAGUUUGAGCCUGCCUCUUAGUCGGAGAGUCUCGCUCGGUCUGUUUUACCCAUGGAAGACAAAAAGACUGACAUGUUUGUGCUGUGGGUCCCCACUGAUGUGAUCAUUGAACUGCUGUGAAGAGAUUAUUGGCACAGACAGGCCAGGACUAACCUUUAGCUUUAGAGGAGCGGUAGAUUAUCGUGAGCCGUGGCCGUCAUUGGACGGCUGUAUACAGGUGCAGAGAGCAGGCAGGAGGUCCAUCUGUUAAAAAUCACAAUUAACCAUAAUACACAUCCUAAACCACUUCCCUUCCUCCUCAAAUAAACAAGACCAGUGCCCAGAUUCAUUUGGUGUGUUCCCCGAAGUGAAGGCAGGGUCUUCUCCGAAUUGAAUAGCCUUCACACAGAGAUGGGAAAGGCUCAGUCUCCUCUGUUGUUUUGGCAUCUUUAACACAACAUGGACCGAUGUGGAAAUUCUAGGUUGGGUGACCAGUUCUACAGAGAGGCCAUUGAGCACUGUCGCAGCUAUAAUGCUCGACUGUGUGCUGAGCGCAGUGUCCGCUUACCGUUCCUCGACUCACAAACUGGUGUUGCCCAGAACAACUGCUACAUCUGGAUGGAGCGUCACCAUCGUGGACCAGGUUUGGCAGCAGGCCAGAUGUACACAUACCCAGCCCGCUGCUGGAGAAAGAAGAGGAGAUUGCACACUUCCAUGGAUUCAAGCCUUCAUCUUUAUGGUCUACAUAUAGGUAAGGAGGCCUUGCCUACACCGAGUACUACGCUGGAGGCUUUGCUGAGAGGAGAUGGCCUGGACAAGAGGAACAGCUCGAGAGAUGAAGAGAGCCUACUGGAGAUUCAGAGAGUUUUGGAGGCUGAUGCCAAUGAAGAUGGUUACCAUGACGAUGAGGACUUCGAAGUGGACAUACCAAAAAGAAAACAUCGGGGCAAAGGCAGAGGUCGAGGUUCAGGACGUCGGAGGGCAGACUUGGAUGACCAGGACAAGCCAUAUGUCUAUGAAAGCAGAUAUAAACAAAAGCAUAACUCAAAAGCUGGAGCCUCAGUAUGUGGCAAGCGCUAUAGGAAUCGCACUGGCUUAAGCUACCAUUAUGGUCACACCCAUAUUGCUGAAAAGGAAGAGCCCCAGGCCAGGGACUCUGAGCCUUCACAGUCUCCACCUAUCAACCACCGUCCCCACAGUCGCAAACAUCAAAAGAGUCUAGAUUCAGAUCACACACGCAACAGCUUCUGUGAUGUUUGUCAAGUAAAUCCAGGCUCCAAACUGAAAGAAGGCAAGUGCCUCAAGUGUGGGCAGUCAGGUGGGCUUGAUGAGGGAAAAGAUCAGAAGACUUUUGCUGGAGCCGAGGAGUUGUUCGGUACAACCUCAGAGAGCGACACUUCUACAUUUCAUGGCUUUGAGGAGGAUGAGUUGGAAGAGCCUCUGUCCAAUGGCAGCGGAGCCUCCCCAAAAUGCAGAUAGAAAAUAACUUGGGGGGGUCUUUUUAAACUCUUAUUUAAAAAACAGCGCAUCACCCCUGCAAAAAUUCUGCUGCUUGUUUUUACUUUUUAAAGUUUUGUUCGUUUGUUUGUUUUUCCCUUUAUUGGAAAGCACAAGUCAUUAUAUCAAAAAAGAAGGUAUAUGAAAGCGUUAACUUUCUUGGACAGCUUACACCAUUUUAAUAAGUUAUGAAUCUGUUAUUGUUGUUAUUACUAUUAUUAUUAUUAUUAUUAUUAUUGUCAUUAUUAUUAUCAUCAUUAUUUAAACAUUGAUAGCAAAUAGGAACAGACUUUUUUUUUUUUUUCUUAGGAAACCUUUCAUUUAUUUUUUUCCCUUGAAGGGAAAUGAUCGUACAUUACAAACGCUGGAACAGAUGGAUAUGACUUUAUUUCUGAAAUAAUUUUCAAGGAAACUGAACUCAAGUUAAAACUAAACAGUACAAAAGUAACAUUAAAGCAUAACUUGAAUACAUCAAGAAGUAAAAAUCAAUGAAGAUCUGAAGUCAAAAUAUGUUUGGUAGCGUUUUAUGUCACUGGAAUUGCCAAGGAAUGCAAGCGAAGAACUUUUGAAUAUGUCAACUCAGAGCUUUGUCAUGUGGAUUAUGACUGCGCCAAAAUGGAGUUGGGAUAAAGUUUAAGGAGAUGAGUAGCAGAUGUACUGUCUAUCAUCCUGCCCAGAUAAGAAGUUGUUAAGAUGGUAUAAAUCAACUGUAGAAGUUUGCGACACCAGAGACAUGAAGCAGAGGUUGCUGCAGUGAGGGGAGCAGGAGAGCUGUGCUGCUACUGGAAACUAGAACGUGGUUCAUAAAUCAGAAUUCACCUCUCCAGUCUUCUGAAUGUCAGACCCAGUGAAGCUGAAGAACCCUUAAUUCAGCCAGAUGAACACCAGACUCUGUUUCAGACUCUAGGACAAGUAUUGAUUCUCCACCCCCCCCCAACUGCUACUGCUCCCCUGCUGGUGGUCUACAGCCUGAAUCCAAGACUGUGAUAAAGUGAUUAUAGAGCCAUAUGGAACCCUUUCAUCCCUGUCCUGGAGAAACGUCUCAAUACCUGUUGUAGCUUUAUGGUGUCGGCCACUGUUGGUAGGGUUGAACCAUCACUUUAAGGGUAAAACACAGACUUUAUAGAAUCUGAAUGAAACUGAAUAUAAAGACAAUGUACAAUGUCGAUGAAAUAUAAACGUGGAGGUGUGAUCCACCGUCUGUGUGAUCCUGUGUUCACACAUUUUAGGAGAAAUGAGCUGCUGCUACCACUAGUGGAUACGCAAAGUCCUCUAGCUUUUGCAAGUGAAAGCGCAAAGCCAUCCAGCCAAUAGGAUAGCUGUUUUAAAGUUGACCCCCCCCCCCCCCCAAUGUUUUGUCCUGCCCCUGUUUUCUAAUUGGUUGGAUGAUGUGGCGCUUCAGGAGUGUUCUCUUUUUUCUGUGAUUUCAUGGCUGGUACCCCUCUCCAGUCGCUGCCCCGUGCUAAGCAGCUUUUUACGGUAAUUUUUCAAAAUGUGCCAUGAUGAUCAGUGGGGCAUAGCACUUUGAGAAGUCCAGUGACAGAAGUUUUUCUGCAGUUGUCUGAACUUGAGAGGCAUAGUGGUAAUCUUUUAUUUAACUUUGUUUCCAUGGCCUUGCUGCACUAAAUUUAUUUUCUAAUGUGUUCUUAUAAUCUAAAUUGACACAGCAGAUGGCAUCGCGAUCACUGUGUUCAACCCAGUCUCUCAGGGGAAGCCGAUCCUGACAGCCAUAUCUAAAAACACGCCGCUCUAAAAAUCUUCUAAAUGUUGACAGCGUAGAUCCUCUGCCAGUGGCAGUUUUGAUAGCUGCAUUAGGAAAAUCUUUUGUUUCUGCUGAUUUACAAUUCUACUUUCUUUGUGUACAAUAUUCACUUCAGGCUCUGCGAGUUUCCCUCUAUUUUUGAACCUCAAUACCUACUCAGGCUUUUUCUUUGAAAAACAGAACUGUUUCUGCCAUGUAGUUGGCUGCUUCAGGCAGUUCAUGAACACAUUUAUAGUGAGCUCCUCAGUCCGGCCUAAUGCAUUUAGAACAGAAUUAAUAAAAGAUAAUUGCACACUGCUGAGGUAUAGCAUCGUAGCAAGAAGGUGCUGCUUUACGUACAGGGUGUGUUACUACAGUACGUGGCCCAGCAAAACCUCUCUAAAUACAAUUUCAGCUAUUUCACAGUAGGGAUGUGCAUUCCGAUUUAUUUUGAUAUUGGUGUAUCUGCUAGAGUUGACGGAUGAAUUUGUUUUACCAUGGCGAAGAGGAAAACAGUACCUCAGCUGAAAUCCAAAAUUAACAGUGGGCUGGCACUGGAGGCUUACUCUUGUAGGUGAUAGCACUGGUGUUGAGCAGCUAAAAUAUCAGUAGCACAAAAACUUAACAGCACACAGACAAAUAGGUUUGGAAAACGUUUUUUUAUUCAGAAAAUCUGAGAGAAGUCAUUAGCUUUGCAUGUUGGACGUGUAUUGGACACUGCUCUUCAGAUGUAGCUACAGCUAACUGGUACAACUGGACGCUGAUGAGGACUCAUCGUCUUACAAGAGAUAUUUUCUCCUCAGUGGACAAUGUGCCCAAAUGUUAGUUUACCAAAGAAAAGUAUUUCCACUUUUUCUGUUCUGGACUUAACUAACAUCAGCUACAGUAACUAGCCUAGCUAGAGAUAGAGCUGCGCUGCUCAAAACAAGAACAUUGUACAGUCCUGUGAAAACAUGAAAGCAGGGUAUUACUGAACUGUUGAUGCGUAUAUAUUCUCCUUCGUACAAUGAAACGGAACAAGUACCCAAAUAGGCAUUUCACUGUUCAAGUACUGCCAUCCUGAACAAACAGUUGAGCGUACUCGAGUGUCCGUGCACAUCCCUACUUCAUAGCACAACCCACCUACAAAAACUGUCAGAUCUAUAAUAAUUCUGAUGGCUAAAGAUAAUUUUAAUUAAAAAAAUGUAUUUAUUGGUGAAAUUGUAUGAAUUUUCUUCUAGAUAAAAGACCAAACUUGCUUUUUUUUGGGUAGUGUACUCUGUAGAUUUGAACAGAGCAAAAUGUGAGACUUUUACCAUAAAAGUAACUUUGAAUUUUGACCUAAGGCCAGUGCUUAUUUGGAUACCCUUGCACAGCUCAAUCACCCUGAUCAAGUUUGUAGACAGGUCAGCAUGGUUGCCGGUCCUUGUGGAACACUGGUCACCGAGUUGUACACCAUCUCGUGUUAUCCACAGUUACUUGAGGCCUAAUUUUACAGGGAUGCUCUAAGCAGCAUCUUUUUACACUAGAGAACUUAAUGUAUGGUGAAGGUGCUGACACAGGACUAGAGCCUGAGGUGUUAGGAUAGACUGUUUUCCCAUUUCAAAAGAGAAAAAAACAGCAGAGAUAAGCAGAUAGCUGGUUUUCUAGAUGCGGGUUUGUGCGUUUUCUUUAAAUUGGGUUUGGUUUUGUUGCUACACCCGGUGUGAUUACACUUGUGCACAUGACUUCAGAGUCUCUGGCUCUACGGGACAAAGAGGUUGAACAUCGAGACCAAAAAAGACUAAGUGCCAUCCUUUACUUUUCAUUUUUCUAAAAUGUGAACUCCGUUCUCAAACUGAGGUUUUGGACAGAAGAAAAUCAGCUGGUUUUAUAUGCUAGAGUACAGUAGUAUAUGCAGUAAGUGAUGCAGGAUUACAAGCUGUGAUAUACAUUUUAAUUGCCUUUGUCCAUUCUUUUUUUUUUUUUUUUUUUCUGGCUUCAUCUACUGUAUGUGUAGUUAGCUUAUGAUGCCCUAUAAUGUUAAUGAUGUUUUUACACCUGCAAAUAUAAUGAUUACUAGUUAAUAUAAUGGUACAUAAUGAACAAUGGGUACUGUAUAUGACUGCAUACGACUGGCAAGCAAACUUGCGCUUUCUUCAUCAGGACACAAAUACAUGCACAUACAAUAACUGACUCGCUUUCAGAAUAUCCCCUCAGGGACCAUAUCCACACACAAAACUAAGCAUAUGUACGUUCAUGUCGACUUUCUGGAAUAAGAAACAUGCUUCUUGUGAGUCUGGCUUCUUCACUGGAAUCUGUGGAAACUCAUCAUGGAUUCUAUUGACUUUUAGAGAAUGGUGUGCAUUUGCUGAUGAGUUCUUCCGAUCAAUGGAUCUUGUGCACUUUUUGAACAACUAUUGCUCCUCCUGAGGGGUUAUGAUCAUGAAGAUGAACUUUAAGUGAUCAUGUCUACUAAUACUUAUGAAGUAGCCUCUAUACCUCAGAAAAGUUAACGACAGCAAUAGGCCCAUGUUUUUGUGCAUUCCUGGGGUUGGAACAAGAGCCAAUAUGAGGUGAAGGAGUGACUGAUUAUUUUGUCAGCAUCUGUAAAUAUUGUAAUCCAAAUGAAGUCUUUGUUAGUGGUUAUUUUUAUUGUGACAAAAGGAAUUAAAGAAUGAGACACCAGUGA